AAUUUGACAAUCUUGACAUAAAAUCAAGAAGGGAGAACACGCUGAAACGAAGACUUCUCUGAUAAAUUAUUAUGAAAUUGAUAACGCUAAGGUUCUGAAUUAAAUAAUCACUAAGUGUCUGUAAAAAUGAACUCUGUGCUAAGAAUUAGGUGUGGUGCGCUAUGUCGUGCGUUUAGUACUUCGAUUGUAAAGAAAUGUGCCGUGCCCCCGGUUCCACCCAAGAAACCGAGGAAGAUAACUUCUGCAAUAACAUGGAAGUCCAUGACUGCGACUGCACUAAUCGGCGGUGGGCUGACUGCGUUCAUGAUUUAUCUUAGACAUGAGAAGCAGGAAGCUAUAGACCGCGAGAGAAAACGGCAAAUUGGAAAGGCUAAGAUAGGAGGUCAAUUUGAACUGGUCAACACAGAGGGAAAGUUAGUAAAGAACACUGACUUCUUGGGGAAAUGGCUUCUGAUAUAUUUUGGAUUCACUCACUGUCCUGAUGUAUGUCCCGAUGAGCUGGAGAAGUUAGCUGAAGUUGUCAACAUGCAUGAUAGUGAUCCCAAGUUGCCUCCUGUGCAGCCUCUGUUUAUAUCUGUAGAUCCCCAGAGGGACACACCUGAAGUAGUUGGGAAGUACUGCAAAGAGUUCUCCCCACGUUUCUUGGGUCUGACGGGCUCAAAGGACCAAGUGCAACAGGCUUGCAAGUCAUACAGAGUGUACUUCAGCGCGGGUCCCCAGGAUGUUGACAAUGAUUACAUUGUGGACCAUACCAUUAUUAUUUACCUGGUAAAUCCUGAUGGUGAGUUUGUUGACUACUAUGGUCAAAACAGGAACGCUAAAGAGAUCCACAGCUCAAUGCUUGUGAACAUCAAGAAAUAUGAAGAUUCUAAGAAAAAGUCUUGGUUUUAGACUCUAAGAGUGCAUUUAUGUAGUGAGAUAAAAUAAUAGUUCCAAAGUAUUUUUAUUUAAGUAAAAUAAAAUUUAUUGUUGCUUAUAAA